AUGAAUUCGAAACUCGUGCUGUCAGGCGCGGUUUUGAGAAGCUCCAAACCAGCAAACGGCGACGGCGAGCCAGACGCCAAGCAGCAGCAGCAGCCACCGCCACUUGGACAAAAUGCGCAGGUAGAGGAAACGACAACGGACCCGGAGCAGCAGAGUGAGGAAACAUGCGACGUGUACAAGUCGGAGCCGCCAGACGGCGGGCUGGCGGCGUGGCUGGCGCUUCUCAGUUCCUGGUGCAUGCUGUUUUGCACAUUUGGCAUGAUUAAUUGCAUCGGCACAUUUCAGGGCUACUAUCAACAAGUUUACCUUCGCGCGUACUCGCCCGGCACGAUAUCGUGGAUUCCGUCGCUGCAGAUAUUCAUCGCCUACGUGACCAACCCCUUUACUGGUCGUCUCUACGACGUCUACGGCCCGCGAGCGCUCGUCGCCGUCGGCACCGUCCUCGAAGUCCUCGGCCUCGUGGCCACCUCCCUCUCGACGCGGUACUACCAGAUCCUCCUCGCGCAGGGCCUCUGCACCUCGCUCGGCAUGUCCGCGCUGUACGUGCCCGCCACGGCCCUCGUCGCCAGCUGGUUCGGCCGCCGCCGCCGCGGUCUCGCCUACGGCCUCGCCACCAGCGGCUCGUCCCUCGGCGGCAUCGUCCUGCCGCUCCUCAUCGCGCGGCUCAUCCCGCGGGUCGGCUUUCCCUGGACCCUGCGCGCCGUCGCGCUCCUCAUCCUGGCCCUGCUCCUCGUCGCAAACGCCCUCGUCCGGUCGCGCCUCCCGCCGAGCCCCGCGCCGCCGCCGCUCUCUGGGCGUAUCCUGCUCGGCCCGCUUCGCGACAUCAAGCUCAUGCUCGUCAACGGUGGCUUCCUCCUCAUGACGCUCGGCGUCUUUGUCCCCAUCAACUACGUGGCGGUCGAGGCGCGCCAGCAACACGGGCUGCCCGACGCGUUGGGCCACUACCUCGUCGCCACCAUGAACGCGGGAAGCCUGGUCGGCCGGGUGGGCGCGGGCGUCGUCGCCGACGUCGUCGGAGCGUACAACACGUUUGUCGCCGUGUCGGCGCUCGCGGGUGUGCUGGUGCUCGCGCUGUACAUUCCGGCGGCCGGCGCCGGCGCGGUGUGGACGUUUUCGGUGCUGUUUGGGUGCACGUCGGGCGCGUAUAUUGCACUGCUGGCGCCGCUCGUCGUCAAGAUCUCGCCGCUCGAGGAGGCUGGGUACCGCAUCGGCUUGCUGUUCGCCAUGUCGUCGGUCAGCGGCCUUGUGACGAGCCCGAUCGGCGGCGCCAUCCUAGAGCACUGGCAUGGCGACUACACAGGCAUGAAGAUUUACUCGGGCGUCAUGAUGCUCAGCGGCGCGGCGCUGGUGUUUGUGUCACGCAUGAUGGCGACCGAGUGGAAGAUGAAUGCUGUUUUCUAG